AUGAUGAUGGCCUCGCUAUGCAAAGAGUUGUGGCAGUUUAUCCUCGCGCAGGGCAUUCUUCUGGGAGUCUCAAUGGCUCUCCUAGUCACUCCCAUGCUUGCCCUUGUCGGACAGCAUGUCAAAGUGAAACGCGCCGCUGCAAUGGGAAUCGUCAUCGCCGGUUCUUCUCUGGGAGGCGUCAUAUGGCCCAUCGUGAUUAGAGAAUUGCUACAGAAGCCCAACCUCGGCUUUCCAUGGACCAUGCGAAUUUCGGGAUUCAUCAUGCUCCCUCUUCUCCUGAUCUCUUGUAUCUGCUGUCGUCCCGCACCCACGCCACAACCAACGCAACCUACCAACGAAGAUCAACCAGCGUCGGCCUCCAAGGAACCCAAAACCCCUCUCAAGACUGACUUCUCCAUCCUCAAACAGCCCAAGAUGCAAUUAACCUGCCUGUCCUUCUUCAUCAUCUAUUUCGGAAUGUUUUCGCCGUUUUUCUACACCACGUCCUACGGUAUCAAGAUGGGAUUCUCAGACGAUCUGUCCUUUUACACCGUCUCGAUCGUCAACGGGGCAUCGCUCUUCGGCCGCAUCCUCCCCGGUAUCGUCGCGGAUAAAUAUGGGAAGUUCAAUUGCUGUAUCGUUGCUACUGGCUUGGCGGGAAUUAUCGCGCUGUGUUGGACGAAGGCGACUUCUGUGGCGGGAUUGGUGGUUUGGUCUGCUGCUUAUGGCUUUGCGUCUGGGGGUAUUUUGUCCCUGCAACAAGCCUGCGCAGCCCAGGUUGCUACAUCUCAGACCCUUGGAUUGGCCAUCGGGGCUGUUAUGGGCUCUACUUCUUUGUCGGCAAUGGCUGGAAUUCCUAUCAGCGGCCAGCUGGCUGGGAAAUACGGAUACCUGGCGCUUUCAAUAUACUCUGGCGUGAGUCUCCUGGUCGGAGCUAUUCUUCUGGUGAUCGCACGAUUGGUGCAGAAUCGGAGUUUGUCUGCUAUCGUCUAG